AUGGAGAAUUCGGUGGUGGAGGCUGUGCACGCUGGUGGAGGCUUCAAGCUGGUGGAGGAUGUGCUCGUCGCUGGUGGAGGCUGUGCUCGUCGCUGGUGGAGGAUAUGCUCGCUGGUGGACACUGUGGUCGCUGGUGGAUGGUUCUCCGAUGAUCUUCCUCGUCGGAGAGUGGCUGAGGAGGAGGAGAGAGAUGAGCAGUUAUGUUUGAAAAUUUUUGAAAAUUUUUUACGUAACUUGUGUGAAAUGUGA